UCCAACUGAUUUCUCGUAAUACGGAUUGGAAUAACUGUGCUUUAGUGACGAGGGAUAUUGUUUGUCGCUCGAAUGUUUUUCUAGGUUGGAUUCACUGUGCUGCGCGGCAAAAGCGAGGGACAAAACAAAAGCAUGUGAACAUCAUUUUCAGCUCAGGUAGAUCAAGCGCAACAGGUCCCUUCCUGAAAUUCAGCACCCAGCAGCUAUGGGCCUGCGGUCAGCUCAAAAGAAGUUAUUCCCCCUGCGAGGCAUUGAUGGCGUGGUGCAGCUCUUUGAGUAUGAGUUGGGAAACCCCGAGCCUGAUCUGGCCCUGCUGUCUCUGGUGCUGGGCUUCGUUGAGCACUUCCUGGCAGUCAACCGCGUGGUGCCUGUCAACGUCCCUGGAGUGCGUUUUGAACCCCUCAAAGGCGACUGCCUCAACUCCUGCUUUCCUACAGUAGACCUAGGCUUGAUAUCAGCACUGCACGAACGCUUCACGGCUCAGAUCCGCGGUGCAGUGGAUCUGUCACUGUACCGCAGGCCAGCCGCAGGGUCGAGCAGAGAACUAGUGAAGAAGGUCUCGGAUGUGAUCUGGAACAGCUUGAGCCGAUCGUACUUCAAGGAUCGAGCCCACAUUCAGUCUCUCUUUAGUUUAAUAACAGGCACAAAGUUGGACAGCUCUGGCGUGGCAUUUGCAGUGGUGGCUGCAUGUCAAGUUCUUGGGCUGAAGGAUGUUCACUUGGCCCUGUCUGAGGACCACGCCUGGGUGAUCUUUGGCAAAGCCGGUGAGGAAACAGCCGAGGUUACGUGGCAUGGCAAAGGCAAUGAGGACAGGAGAGGCCAGACAGUCAGUACUGGAGUCAGUGAGAGGAGCUGGCUGUAUUUGAAAGGAUCCUACAUGAAGUGCAAUCGCAACAUGGAAGUAGCAUUCAUGGUUUGCGCCAUCAACCCGUCUUUAGAUCUACACACAGACAGCUCUGAGCUCCUACAGCUUCAGCAGAGGCUGCUUUGGUUGCUGUAUGAGCGAGGAGACUUGGACAGAUAUCCAAUGGCAAUGGGCACUCUUGCUGACCUUGAAGAUCAAGAACCUGUCGGCAAAGGAGACCCUCACACAAUUCAUCUCAAGGCUGUGGAUUCCGCCAAGAAGUACUACAACAAUGAGCACAUCUACCCCUUUAUGUACUUGGCUGGAUAUCACUACAGACACAGGAAUGUGCAGGAGGCUCUGAGGGCCUGGGCCGAGGCCGCUACAGUCAUACAAGAUUACAACUACUGCCGUGAGGAUGAGGAGAUCUAUAAGGAGUUCUUUGAUAUAGCAAAUGAUGUCAUCCCCACCCUUCUCAAAGAGACUGCUACUGAGAGUGGAGAGGGCAGUGAGGGAGCAGAUAAGGAACAACCAAGACAGACUGCAGCCCUCUCUGCCUUACAGGACCCAGAAUGCUUUGCGCACUUGUUACGUUUCUAUGAUGGAAUCUGUAAAUGGGAAGAAGGAAGUCCCACACCCGUGCUUCAUGUAGGCUGGGCCACCUUCCUAGUGCAGUCUCUGAGUCGCUUUGAUUCUCAGAUAAGAAAGAAAGUGACAAUCAUCACCAAAGAAUCAGAGCCGCAAGACGAUGAUGACCAAGCCAGUGACGACCCCCGCGAGGGCCGGAGGAGAGGCCCACGACGCGAGUCCAAAGCUGAGGAAUCUGCAGGACCUUCUCCACCAGCUGCUUCUGCGACUCCACCCUCCCAGCCUGGUCAGCCCAAAAAAGUGGGGGGAGAAGGAGGCCGUCGUCGUUCUUCGGCCGGAGGACGAGGGAAAGAAACGGAUGGAAAGAAUGAUGCAUCUUCUCCAAACAGUCCCGUUCCUUCCCCUACCCAAGCAGUCACAGUGUCCGGCGGACCAGUGGUGUCGUUCCACAGUGAGAAGAUGAAGGGCAUGAAGGAGCUGCUCUCAGCAGCCAAGAUCAACUCAAGCGCUAUUAAGCUGCAACUCACUGCCCAGUCACAAGUUCAGAUGAAGAGGCAGAAACCCACUCCCUCUGGUGACUACAGCCUGUCCUUCAUGAAACGCCCUCGCAAAACUCUCUAGAAUGCUCCCUUUAAAAAAAAAUAAAAAAAUUUCUGGCUUCUUGUCACCUUGAGUAACACUUGGGUAUCACUUUGCUGCAAUACUGUAGGAUACAGUAUUCUUCACGUUUCUAUUGAAAACUGUCAGCUCACUGAAUGGUCCUUCAUGCACCAGCACUGACUGUUAAUAUGAUCCAAUAGAAGGAUUCCCCAAUUUCAGCCCUCAAGAGCCAUAGCACUGUAUAAUGUCAUUUUUUUUCCAUGCUCUUACACGGGCAGCAUAAUAUGAACAGACUUUUGCUACACACUGGGAUUGUGAGAUACCUUGCAAAAUAUUUUUUUUAAAAAAGCAGAUGAAACCGUGAUAUGUCACGGUCUGCAUUUAUUUACCCAAAACAAACGGCAAAAGUAACACAAUUGUUUAAAACAGCCAAACUUCUUUAGAACAAUUGUAAUUAAUCAAAAUUCUUCCAAAACAUAAUAUAAAACGGUGAUUUGCUUAGAGCCAUUACAUUUUCAGAACUAUGUAUUGUAGAAACUACUACACAGCCUUAGUUAAAAUCUGCCGUGUUCUGCGGAUUAUAACGGCAGGCACACUGAACUGUCUUAGAACUGCAUACUAAGACUUAAUUAAAUACUUCUGUAUUUUUUUUCAUAAUAAUUGCAUAAUAGGAAUUUAAAUAGCAUUGUACCAAAGUUAUUAGUGUUUAAAAGUUAUAUACCCCCACCCCACCCCCCAAAUUGUAAUGUUUUUGUAAGGUUUCUCAGAAAUUAUGUCCUUCAUAGUCACACUUGGGCUACAAGUUAAGCAUGCGGGUGUUUAGCGUUGCCUUGUCAUAUUAGUUCUACAUAAAAUGUUCAAUUUCACACGUGUUCUUUACAUAUAAUGUCAAGGUAAAUGCUUUUUAAAAAACUGCUGCUCUGUUAUGAAACUAUUUUUAUAAUAAAGAGUUCUCAAGAAAAUU